GUCAAUAAUAUUUUACUAAAAAAGAAGAAGAUAUUGAAUUGAAUAUUCUGGAACAAUUUCAAAAUUAAUAAUUUUUAUUAAAAAAAAAUGAACGUUAACCAAAUAUUAUUUACUCUGAUCAGCAUUUUUGCAAGUACUUUAGCGAGUAAUUUAGAACAUGAUGGGUCAGUGGUUAUACGAUUACAACAUUCUUUAUUUUUUGAAAAUUCUCCGAUAUGGACCGAGAGAGGGAAUAUUACAAUCCAGAGUUUAAGGUUAGGACAAGCUACAGUUGACCAAAAAGCUCUAUCAAUAGAAGAACAAAAAUCAUUAAGGGAUUUGGCUGCUAAUAAUGGUUUCUAUCAGAUUAGAGCUAUAGUAACAGCAAGUGAUGGGUCUGAAAAAACUUUCAUCUCCACCUUGAAAGCUUGUAUGUUGGCUGAAUCAGAAUUAGAUGACAGACUAUCAGUAUCGAUAGAUUAUAUGGGUAGAGUAAUAGGUGUUACUGAUGUAGUUGCUUCAAAAUCUGCUUGUGAGGGAGCUGUGGUACCCUUAGAAAAACUGAAACACUUUAACACUGUUGUCUAUGUUCGACACUCAGAAACAGGACCCAUACCAGACACAGCUUCAUAUGUACAGAAAUUAGAAAGGGAAAAAGAAGCCAAAGAGAAAGGAGAAACCAAAGAUAACAGAUCAUUUUUAGCAAAAUAUUGGAUGUAUAUAGUACCAUUGUUGAUAUUUAUGGCAAUAUCAUCUGCAACUAAUCCAGAAGCCCAACAAGCUCAAUAAUGUAUUUAUUAUAUUGAAUUUCUAGUGUAAUUUAUUAAUAAAUUGAUAUAAUUAA